AACUGUCAAAUGUCAAUUGACAUUUAUAUUACAUCGCAAGAAAUGCAGUGGUUUUAUUUCUAAUUUUGAUAAAAACUUAGAAAAAUGGCUGCAAGACAGGCUAUUCAAGUUGGUACCAAAACAGUAAGGCCUGUGCUUUCUUUGAAUGAAGCAGAAGCAAGAUCAAGAGUAUUAAGCCUUUACAAAGCUUGGUAUCGACAAAUUCCAUACAUUGUCAAGGAUUACGAUAUACCCAAAUCAGAAGAGCAAUGCAGGGCUAAACUAAAAGAAAUCUUUCUGAAAAACAAAGAUGUGAAGGAUGUUAGAGUUAUCGAUUUGCUUGUGAUUAAGGGUCAAAUGGAACUCAGAGAAACAGUGAAUAUUUGGAAACAAAAAGGCCAUGUGAUGGUUUACUUCAAACCUACUGAAGAACCUAAGCCAAAGGACUUCCUAUCGAAAUUCUUUUCUGGCCAGGAAUAGAGAAAUGUAUAUUGAUGGAUUGAUCUUAAUUAUAGAUAUUGUAUAGUUA